UCCACGCUCUCCACCAUGCUGUGGAUCGGAGUGACCGCCAGGAACAUCUACAAGCAGGUGACCAAGAAGGCCCCGCUGUGCCCGGGGGCAGACCAGCCACCGUACCCCAAGCAGCCCCUGCUCAGGUUCUAUCUCAUCAGCGGAGGGGCCCCUUUCAUCAUCUGCGGCAUCACGGCCGCCACGAACAUCGGGAACUACGGGAUGGAGAACGAGGACUCCGCGUACUGCUGGAUGGCCUGGGAGCCCAGCCUGGGCGCCUUCUACGGGCCGGCGACCUUCAUCUCCCUGGUCACCUGCGUGUACUUCCUCGGCACCUACGUCCAGCUGCGGCGCCACCCAGAGCGCAGGUACGAGCUCCGGGAGCGGACGGAGGAACAGCAGCGGCUGGCGGGGCCCGAGGCCGGCGAGAGCCCCGGGGCCCCGGCGGCCACGCCGCCCGCCCACGAUGCCCCGGUCACCUCGCUGCUGCAGAACGAGCACUCGUUCAAGGCCCAGCUGCGGGCCGCCGCCUUCACGCUGUUCCUGUUCGUGGCCACGUGGACCUUCGGGGCACUGGCCGUGUCCCAGGGCCACUUCCUGGACAUGAUCUUCAGCUGCCUGUACGGCGCCUUCUGCGUGACCCUGGGGCUGUUCGUGCUCAUCCACCACUGCGCCAAGCGGGAAGAUGUGUGGCACUGCUGGUGGUCCUGCUGCCCCUCCCGUGGGGACCCCCACGCCACGAAGCUCGGCGCCCGCCCCACGCUCGACGCCAACGGGGAUGUGCUGAGCCACGCAGCCUGCCUGCAGGACUCACCGUGUCCCGGCAAGAUGCUGGGCUUCGGCCACCCGCCAGCCAGCCACUGCAAGAUGACCAACCUGCAGGCCACCCAAAGCCACGUCAGCUGCCUGUCACCAGCCACACCCUGCUGUGCCCAGAUGCCCUGCGAGCAGUUGAUGGAGGACGCAGCCCACGUCCACGUGCACGAGGAGGACGCCUUCGGGCAUGACCCGCACCUGCACAGGUGCAUCCAGGGCAGAGCUGAGCCUCACUACUUCAGCCGGCACCGGGCAGCCGCGGCCGAGCAGGAGUACGCCUACCACAUCCCGUCCAGCCUGGAGGGCAGCCCCCGUAGCUCGCGCACGGACAGCCCCCCCAGCUCGCUCGAGGGCCCAAUGGGGCCACACUCGCUGGCCUGCUGUGCCCAGGGUGACCCCUUCCCCUUGGUCAGCCAGCCCGAGGGUGGCGACGCCAGCCCCGUGCUCUAUGGCUGUCCCCCACGGCCCGGCAGGGAGGCAGCCCACGGCCCGGCCCACUUGGAGGUGCUCCGGAGGACACAGUCCCUGCCCUUUGGCGGCUCCGGCCAGGACGGGCUGGUCAAGGGUGAUGCACGGGGCGCUGCGCCCUUUGGCUCUGACAGCACGGGUAACAUCCGCACGGGGCCCUGGAGGAACGAGACGACCGUGUAGCAGGCGGGGCUCUGUCCCCUUCGCCCACACGGCCUGGACGUGCUUCAGAGCAGAGCCAGGCCCUCGGCCACGUGAGG